CAAAACAUUCAUCUUCCUUUCGCCUUUAACAUUUGUCACGUUAACGUUUUCCCGGAAAAUUUUAACGCGAUUUCGGAGGAAAUACCUAAACCAACCAGACGCUUCUCGUCAGCAAGGCAUCUCUAUGGAGUUCAGAGACUGAGACUAAGCGAGGUUGGUUCAUAAGAAUCUCUAAGAUAUCAGAGACAAGCUGGAUUGCUUACAAGUUCCCAUGGUCGCUUUGGUUGGUGAUUAUGUUAUCAGAUUGUUUUUUAUGCAAAGAUAAAAAUGAUGUUGCGCAAAACUGAGUCUGUGAGCAACAGCAGUGCUGGGAAUUCCAACCAUGGUCAAUUGCUGCGUGACCUUGAGGAAAUAAGCAAAGCCCUUUACUUGCAUAAACCCCCUCCUAAGGUUUUGCUUUCCCCUUCUAAUGCACGAUCCAAAUCUGCUGGAAAAACCCGUUUUCCGGAAUCGAAAUCAAAUUUGAAUUCAAACCCAAGAUUACUCAGGGAGGAUUUGUUGCAUAAGGACAAGAAAUCAUCUUCAGUAUGGAACUGGAAGAAACCCUUAAAGGCUCUCACUCAUAUUGGGAAUCGGAAAUUCAGUUGUUGUUUUUACCUUCAUGUCCAUUCAAUUGAAGGGUGGCCAGAAAAUUUCAACAAUCUUAGUGUAUGUGUGCAUUGGAAGAGAAAGGAUGAGGUGGUAGAGACUCGAUCUUCGAGGGUAGUAGAGGGCAUAGCUGAAUUUGAUGAAACUUUGAUGCACAAGUGUUCUGUGUAUGGAAGUAGGAAUGGCCCUAACCAUUCGGUUAAGUAUGAGGAGAAGCUUUUCUUGAUCUACGUUUCUCUGAGUGGGGCACCAGGGCUUGAUAUUGGGAAGCAUUGGGUGGAUCUUACGAGACUGUUACCACUUACUUUUGAGGAGUUAGAAGGGGAAAAGAGUUAUGGUAAAUGGACAACAAGCUUUAACCUUUCAGGCAAAGCUAAAGGUGCUAGUUUAAAUGUUAGUUUGGGGUUUUUGGUGACGCGGGAUAAGUCAGUUGGUGUGAGCGUUAAUCCUAAUAUUCCUGAGCUUAUAAACACGGAGCAGAGAAGGUCAAGUUCUUUGGAUAGUGGGGCUACGAUGCUUCGGCGAGUUGGGAGUGUGCCAAGUAGUGUAAGCCCCAGGCCUGCCUUCUCAUCCCAGUCUCUUGAUUUGAAGGUCUGUCGAGAAGUAUUACUGACGGGAGGGUUGGAGCUCUCGAAGUCAAUUAAUUUUUUAUGUCAGGCACUUGAUGAGGCGAACUUGAGUAGUGCGACGGAGUCAGAUGCUGAACAUGUGUCGCCACUCAAACCUAAGCCUGAUCUGGACCUUUUGGCUGCUGAAAAAAAUGAAGAAUAUGAGGAUGAUGACACUGAAUUUAACAUUGUAGAAGUGGGGACAGAAAUGUGUGAACAGUUGAAAUCUGAUCAAGUUCCUGGUCAUGCUAAUGAUGAGUCUGCUGUUGAAAUGAUCUAUGUGGAUGAGAUCAUUAAGGAUUAUAACGUAGACCUCGAUGAGAAGACUAUGGUUAUUACAAAGGAUUCCUGUGAUAGUUAUGUGGAUGAGGUUGCGAUGGAUGACAGCAAACAUGAAAAGGAUAGCAUAUGCACCGAAGGAUCAACCAUGGAAAAAGUGGAUUCUGCUUCUCAUUUUCAGUUCAUUUCAGAAUCAGCAGAUUUGGAUCUUCCAUUUGUUUCAGGAGAGUUUUUUGAGGGAAAAAAACACAUGGAGCUUAAGUCGACUUACAAAGCAAGUAAAACAGGUAAGAAGUCACUUAGCUUGGAUGAUGUUACUGAAUCUGUCUCAAAUGAUUUCUUAAGCAUACUGGGGAUGGACUGUUGCAUGAGUUCUGAUGGUGAUGCCGAGUCUCCUAGAGAAUGUCUUUUAAGAGAGUUUGAGAAAGAUACUCUGGCUUCAGGAAACUUAUUUUUCAAUUCUGAUUGGGACGAAGAACAGCCUGAAAUUGGAUCCUCUGUUUCACCAGGUUCUGAUUUUGGAGAUUGUUUUGAGAAUUCUGAUUUGUCUUUGAUUAUCCAAGCUGCUGAAGAGGAGCACAAGAGAGCAAGUGAGCUAUUAAAGAGAAGGAAGGCAAAAAUUCUUGAAGGCUUGGAGACUGAAGCUUUGAUGCGAGAAUGGGGAUUAAAUGAAAAAGACUUUCAGAAUUCUCCCCGUAUCUGCUCUGGGGGAUUUGGUAGUCCAAUUGAGCUUCCCCUUGAAGAGCCGCUCCUACCUCCACUUGAAGAAGGCUUUGGUCCUUAUGUUCGGAUGAAGGGUGGAGGCUUUUUGCAGUCUAUGAAUCCUUCACUUUUCAAAAAUGCUAAAAAUGGUGCGAACUUGGUCAUUCAAAUUUCUAAUCCAGUUGUCAUACCGUCAAAAUUGGGUUAUGAUGUUAUGGAGAUAAUGCAGCAUCUGGCAUUAGUUGGAAUUGAUAAACUGCGUGAGUGGGUUAAUCAAUUACUGCCGUUGGAAGAUAUUACUGGGAAGACAAUACAACAAGUUGCAUGGGAGGCAGCCCCAAACACAGUGGUGUCUGAGAGGUUUGAGCAGAUUUUAUAUGGUGGGAGACAGGAUGAAGGAUUUCCAUCUAGUUGGAGUUGUAAUAACCUGAGAUCAGAAUUGGGAGGUAGUGAGAUGGGAUCAGACUCAGACUCUGUAUCUCUAGAAUAUCUCGCUCCUUUGGCUAUGGCGAAAAUUGAAGCCCUCUCGCUGGAAGGGUUAAGAAUACAGUCCCACGUGUCAAAUGGAGAGGCACCUUCAAGUGUAUUUCCUCAGUCUGGUGGGAAAAUGCCAGCCAUUGGAGGGAAGAGUGCCAAUCAUGGCGAGGUUCUCAGGUCAGGAGGAGUUGGAGGGUUGCAACUAUGCGAUUUUGGAGACUUUGAUGAUGACGUUGACGAAUUAAUGGCUCUAUCUCUAUCACUGGAAGAGUGGUUGAGGCUAGAUGCUAAAAUCAUUGGUGAUGAAGAUUACAGCAGAGAACAAAUAUUAAAAAUCCUUGCUGCCCAUCAUGCCAAGUGCUCAGAUUUGGUCGGUGGAAGGUUGACACGAGACAUACACUGCAAUGAUGUAUCUGUUAGCAAGUGUGGACUUUUGGGGAACAACCUCACAAUUGCUCUCACGGUGCAGCUUAGAGAUCCCUUUCGAAACUAUGAACCUGUGGGCGUGCCAAUGCUUGCUCUAAUCCAAGUGGAGAGAUUUUUAGCCCCUUUAAUGCCAAAAGUGUCUAGUGCGCUGUUAAACAGUAGCAAGGAGAACGAACACGAUGAGCCAGUGUUUGAGGAUAUUGGUGACAAGAAGGAAAGGGAGACAAAUGAAGGAGAUGAAGGAGGCAAUCCUCAGUUUAAAAUCAUUGACGUUCAUCUUGCAGGAGUGGAUGCUACUCCUGGCAACAGGCAGCUUUGGGGUACCACAACACAGCUGCAGUCCGGGUCGCGAUGGUUGCUUGGCAGUGGCAUGGGUAAGCCCAGUAGUUUUCCACUUUCGAGCUCAACUGCCAUUGUAAGAUCAUCCCCACUGGUUUCAGCAAAGCAGCGUAGAGAUGCUUUAUGGAGCAUUUCCUCUCAUUCUCAAGGAACAGGAGCUACCUGGAGGGAUUCGAUAGCUCCUCAUAUUCGAAACCCCAACGUCAUAUUUCCAAAGGAAACCAUCAAACCACACGUAAACUAGUAGUAGUUAGCUCUUCCUUCAUAGCAUAUAUUCUUUUGUUUGUAGAGUGAAUAGAGAGGUGAAGGCUUAUUAUUGCCUUUUCUUUUCAUGUUACCCAAGCUAGUAUCAUACACAUAUGGCAAGACCAAGUGGCCAAUUUUGCGUACAGGUUUUCUUUGAAUGAUAGAAUCUGUUGUGUUACACUUGAGACGAAUGAAACAGAUUCAUAUGCAUUGAUGAUUUAAAGCAGAA